AUGUCGGACUCUUACAUUAGAUCACGUCGUAGAGUUGCAAACCAGGACAACUCUUCCACGUUCACUGUUAAUUUCGACGAGGAUCCAGACCAAAAAAGUAGAGGAACUGCUUACAACUCGCUGAGCACCGUCUUUAACGCGUCGGCAGCCCAACUCUGGAAUUCCGCGCAGGUUCGUCGUCGAGCGGAAUUUUAUCUACUCGAUCUCCUUCGUUCAGGAGGCCCUUUCGCCUUCGUUUGACGCUUUUCCGAAUUCACUCGACCAAUCAGGAGAAGAAAACGUAGCUUUCUCAAAUUUGAGCGUCUCUGGAAGCCCUUUCGAUUUGAUUACUAUUACAAUGCCGUCCAGGGAUCGAACCGCAGAGUUCAAAACGACUGCAAAAUCUUUUGAGGUGAACGAAAUAACUGCGAAAUGUCUCAUUUUUAUUUUUGCAGAUGAAAAUUCAUGGAAAUGGGUAUCAUCCUACAGCGAAACAUGAAGUACUACAAGAAUCCAUUCAGUUCAAUCAGUUGGCAAAGUUUGUAAUAUUUUUUUGUUUUUGCGUUCUAUUUUUUUUUUCUACUGCAGGCGAAUCGGCAAAGAUCUCAGCCAAACUUGUGCGAAGAUGGAGAAACUUGCUGAACUUGCUAAAAAGCGAAGUUUAUUCGAUGAGAAAUCAGAGAUAGAGCACCUUUCUGCCGUUGUGAAAGAAGUUCGUUUUCUUAUCGGCUGAUUUUUUCUCAUUCCUUAUCUUUUCAGUUUUUCUUCGUUAGAGUUGUUCUUUAUGAAUCAAUGCUUACAGGGCGCUCAUUUUUUCUGUUUUCAGGAUAUCACGGGCCUCAACAAACAAAUAGCAGCUCUUCAAGAGUUUUCCAGAAGGAGAGCAGCAGGAAAUGCUGUUAAAACGCAAGGAACGGGUCACAGGUAGAAAAAAGAUGUUUCAUGUCACAUUUCACUAUUUUUCAGCCAGUUGGUCGUCGUUGGACUUCAAUCAAAACUUGCAAGUGUUAGUAAAGAUUUCCAGAACGUUAUUGAAGUCAGCACAGAGGUGGAUUAAUUUGAGAUUCUAAUUUUAUAGCGAUAUGCAGAAUAUGAAAAUCGAGAAAAGCAGAAGGGAAAAGUUUUCAAAGUCCACGCCGAUGCCAAUGGGCCUUCCGUCUUCCUCGUCUGGAUCUAAUGGUAAACGUUUAAUCAAUCUGAACGAAUCGAAAUAUAACUGUUUCAUAAAAUUUGACAUGAAAAACAGAGGUUACAUGGAAACGGAAAAGAAUAGAGUGGAAAGAUGAGUUUUUCAAUAUUUAUUUCUCUUGAUUUCUGUCUCCCGGUCGGUGGUUGAUAUUAAGAGCUAUAUAUAUUUUUGGCAUUUUUUUUUUGAAUUUGUUGAUUUAAAAGUUCAAACUUUUGCAAUAAAUUUUUAGCAUUAAUUUUCCUUUUCAACCGCAACUCUUAAUAUUUUCAGUUCGUUCUCGCCUUUUGCAAGACGACGAUCAGCAUGGCGGAGGCAGCGUCGCCCUCGACAUGGGAUCUCUGGAAAACUAUCGGGCUCAACAGCAAAUGGUGACAAUGGUUUCUUUUGCAGUUGUCAUUCAUUUUUCUUCCAGGUGUUCCAAGACCAAUCAGAAUCUUAUGCGCAGGCGCGCAGCAACACUAUGGAAACGAUCGAAGGCUCGAUUUCAGAAUUAGGGCAAAUUUUCUCGCAACUAGCCAGCUUAGUCAGCGAACAGGGCGAGAUGAUCACGCGGUAAACAAUUCAAUCCAUUUUUCAGUGAUAUUUCAUUUCAUUCAUUCGUUUCAAUCAAAGUAUUCGAACGUUUAUAUGGAAAAAUAGGAAUAACGAGAAUUUUAACCUUCUAAAGCUGGAAUUUAAUCAACUUUUUUGCUUGCAUUUCCUUUUCUCACAUUUUGAAGUAAUAACCAAAAUAUUUUGAAUGAGAAAAACUGAAAUUUCUGGUUUAGCCUUACACCCUUCUUGGGUUCAGCAUGAAUCAAACAAUAUAAAAAAAACUUACUAAAAAAAUACGAAAUAAUCCCUAAAUAACGUACCCGACUACGUUAUGAUAACUUUUUCUAUAAAUUUAUAUUUGAUUUUUCUCUAUCAAAGUGUAUUUUAUUUUUUUCAAAAAAAUCCUCGCUGAUGUUUUUCAAAGGAGCAAAGAUCAGAUCUAAUUUCUAUCGAUGCGCUUCCCAUUUUUCCGUUGGGGUAAAAUUAAAUUUUUGAUUUUGAGUGUGAGCUCCUGAUUUAAAAUUUUUAAUUUCGCCGGAAAAUUAUUAUAAAAGUUUUCAGCAUCGACUCGAAUGUGGAAGACACGGCGCUCAACAUCGACAUGGCCCACUCGGAACUCGUCAAGUACCUACACAACAUCAGCAAGAACCGCUGGCUCAUGAUCCAAGUGUUCGGCGUCCUCAUGGUGUUCUUCGUCGUCUUCGUGCUUUUCCUCACCUAG